ACCGUUACGUAAAAUUUGUAGCAGAAUUUAAAUUCUGACUAAACGUAAAUAUUUAUGCAAUUUUAUUGACAAAUUACGAUUGAUUUCAAUUGUUCCUGAUUAUAUAUAUCAAAUGUUUGUCACAUGAUUCUGAAAAUAAAAUUUUAUUAAUUGUCAUUAUGAGUGGAAUUAAUAUGGCGAGAACUAUAUUUGAAAAUUUUCAAGAAGAAAGUAGGAUGUCCUCUGUAGCUCUUCAUCAAGCAAAUAACCGUAUAAAAGAUCUAGAAAAACAGGUGCAAGAUUAUCAAAAGAUUAAAAGUAUCCUGGAAGAUAAAAUUCGUUUAGGUUCUAACAGUUCCUUAGAAGACGCUGUCCGUCAGAAAGACAUUACAAUAAAACAUUUUGAAUUGCAGCUUAAAAAAUCAUUACAGCAAAACGAGGAAUUAGAGUAUCAAAUAAUUGCUCUUAGAUCAAAACAAUGUCCGUGUUGUGACACAAAUGUGCAUUUAGAUUUCUCUGCGAAAAAAUCACCCGUAAAAAAAUCAUCUAAAUGUGUAAAACAGUAUACCAACAAAAAAGUCGGACAUCGAGACUAUGCCGAUCGGCAGUUGAUGUUGGAAAGAAUAAUCGAUCACAAAGAUAAACGGAUCGCUCACUUGUCUAAAGAGGUUACAAGACUGUCUGCAAUUGAAAAAGACUUGACUAACAAAAUGUAUCGACUUUCUAAACUUUUACCUAAGUCACACAUGCCUUCAGAAGUGUUAGUUGAUUGCUUAUUGAAAGAAAUUCAAAGCUUAGAGUCCCAGAUACAAUCAUGUAAUAAUAAAAAUGAUAAAAUUGCGAGUCUGAGUGACAAGACAAAUAUACCAGAUAUCUUUCCCGGAACUUCCAAUUCAAAAGAGAAUAUACCAGUUGGUUCAAAGCACAUUUCUUUGGAUAGGAUGCAAAAGAGAAUUAACACUCCAAUGGAUGGUAAAUCAACUUAUAGCUUAAACUCAUUGUUUGAUGAUAUUAAUGAACUCAAAUAUGUAUUUUUGAAUGAAAAUGAAAAAUUCCAGCACAGCUUGAAUCGCGAUCACAUGAGGCGUGAUGUAAUCAGAGUGGAAUAUAAUGAUAUUAUAAACAAGUUAAAUGGUAUUGCUGAAUCUAUUCAAAAUAUUAUUAAAGUUGAUUCGUCUUUUCAAGACAAACAAUCAUCAGAAAAUGAAGUAGAUAAAGUUAUAUUGCAGUUACGAAAAGAUCUGCAAGACAAUUUAGAACUGUCUUCUGGGUAUAAAAAUGAGAAUGAAUGCUUACGGAAAAAAGUCAUUGAGCUGACCCAAAAGCUGUUACAAUCAGAAAGAGAUAAGAUUGAUUUUACUGAUAAGUCUGUCCAAGUUGUCAAUGAUAAUUUGCCUGUCACUCGUUCUGACUUCAAAUAUCCAGCUCAAGAUGACUUGGAAAAGUUAAGAGAGCAGCUAGACUUAAAAAAGUCUGAAUUAGAUUCUGCUCGUAAUUAUAUCAAAUCUCAACAAAAUUUUAUUUUAGAACUACAGAGUAGUCUUCAGAAGAGUGACAGUCACGAGUCUGUAAAUUCGCAACCAGUCAGAGCUGCACGACAAAUGGAAAUACCAAUCCACAGAAGUUCACAAGUUCCAUCUGCAAUUGCAACUAACUUUGGAAGCAAUUUUCCUGCUGCAAAAAAUUUCGCUGAUCAAGGUUUUGAAGUUCCCUCAAUAUCCUCUAAUGAUUCUUCUGAUAGUUGCAUAUUACAUUCAUGCAGUAAUGAUAAAAGAGUCAAAUCAUUAGAAACAAAAUUAAACGUGUCCGAAAAGAGCAUCAAAAGUCUCGAGACUCUUAUUGAAAAUCUUCAAGCCCAAAAUGCCGCAUUGACAGAAAAUAAUGGCCAGUUAUAUGUUGAUUUAAGUAAAGCUAAAAGUGAAAAAGCUUUGCUGGAGAAAAAUAAAGACAUAUAUUCUUCGCUAAAGUUAAGGAUGAAUGAUUUAAAUAGAGAAUGUGAUGAAAUGAGGGAUGAAAAUCAGGAGCUUUGUGAUAAAAAUACCCGAUUGGAGAAAGAAAAAAGAAUUCUGGAGGAAAAAUUACAAACUUGUGAAACAGAGAGAAAAUCUUUAAAUUCAAGUAAAUCUUCAUUUCAAAUGAAGUUAGAUGAGGCAAACAAACACAAUGAAUCACUAGAGGAAAAUCUAACCGAGUUACAGAAUGAAAUAACGAGUUUAAGAGAAGAAAACAAAAAAUUAAAAUCGAGUAAUCUAAACAGAGAUUAUAAUGAAAAAAUUUUACACAUGCAGCAAGCCCUUAAACAAAAAGAAAAUGAAGUUGACGAUUUAAAAGAAGAGAUGCAUGCCCUAGAGACUCAAGCGUUACAGAUGAACAGUUAUCGAAGGCACUUCCGAAAUGAGUUGAAAAAACUGUGUGAUGCUUUAAUGGAAGAAAGUGACACCAACGUUAGCUCUGCACAGAGUAAAGCUAUCUAUAAAGCUGCUAUACUUCGCUCUCUUAAAGCUUUAUUACAGUUGGAUAUAAAUGAUGAUAAUCUUACGGAUUCUUCAAAUAGUGCAUUGGAUGAAAUAAGGAAUCAAUAUAACAUAUACCUCACGGAGGUAAAACGCAUUAGCGAAUUACUUUCAAUCAAAAACCAACAAAGAGAGGAAUUAUUGAGGGAAUAUAUAAACAUUGAUGAUUUUGGAGAAGUAGAUGCUUAUCUUAGUCUUGAAAGAAAUUUAUCUGGGAGUUCUAAUUCAGCUUCUGGUGAGGAAUCACCACCCAUAAUUCCAACUGUUUCAGGAGUGGGAUCAAUAUCUUCUAGUGUGCAAUCAAUGCCAGUUAUUUCAGUAGCAUCUGGCAUCAGAUCAAUACCAGUUGUAUCAUCUUCUGGUGUUCAAUCUAUACCUCACAUUUCAACAGUCUCUGGUAUAGGAUCAAUACCAGUUGUGUCAUCAUCUUCUGGCAUAAGAUUCGCACCUUAUGUUUCAUCAGCUUCUAGAGUUGGGUCGAUACCUGUUAUUUCAACUGCUUCUGGAGUUGGAUUAGUACCCGUUAUUUCAACUGCUUCUAGAACAGGAUCUGCUUCUUCUGCAGAAGGUGUUGGAUUUUCAUCUGGAACGCAUACACAUGUUAAUGAGGAAAGGAUUCAAACGGAAAACAAUACCAUUCAAAACUAUGCUGGAUCAAUGUCGGAAGUGAUGAAAACUUUGCAAGAAGACCUGCAGCGUCAAAAGAACGUAACUGCCUUUUUUGUGUCCAAAUGUGUGAAUCUUGAACAGCAGCUCAAAUCGGAACACGAUUUUAAAUGCCGAAAUGAAAGAGAUAAUGCAUCACAUGAAGAGUUCAUGAAAGAAUUUAAAAAGCAAUUGAAAGAAAAAGACCAUAGGAUAAGUCGUUUGGAACAGCAGUUUGUUAGUUUACAUACAGAAAAAUCAAGUGUCGAGAUUGGUAUGGAGCAACAAAAAAGUGAAAUAGAAUGGUUGGUGAAUAAAAAUAGACAGUUAUUUGAAAAAGUGACAGCAACUGAAACUGAGUUAUGUAAGUCCAAAGAAGAAAAGAGUCGAAUUAUAAAUGAAGUUGAUCAUCUGAAACGUGAAUUAAUUAAUAAAAAGUAUGAAUAUGCAAAAGUUGAAAAUGAAGUCAAACAUUUACGAGAACAUAUAGCACAUUGUGAAUCAAGUGCUUCGAUUAGAUAAUUAAGGGAUAAAUAUUUCAUCUACUUGUUCAUAAAACUUUUUGCAUAUCAUGCUUAUUAUCAUUGAAAUAUUUGUCGUAAUUUUAUUUUUUUUCCUUCGAUUUUGACGAAAAUUUAGAAAUUGGUGUUUUUAUUUUUAAAUUACUUAUAAAAUUAUUUUAUAAUAAAUUAUAUUGAUCAUUUUAACUUAUUUUGAAUUUUGUUUAUUGUGACAUGAAACUAAUUUCUAUCUAUUUUUUAUUUUCAAAUGUUCCUAGUAGUGUAUGUGAUAUGUAUCUAUUAAUUUAAAUAUAUGUUUUUUUGAAGUAUAUCUAUAUAUUUGUAUAGUUAAACUAGUGCUACUGCCAUGAAGUUAACAAGCAUAUAGUGUUAAUUAUUUCUUGUAAAUCAUCUGCAAUGUGAUUGAAUAAAAAAGUUGUUUAUCAAUAAUUGAAUUCUAUAUUAAGAUACUUUUUUUUUAAAUGUUUAAAUCUAUCAAGUGUUCUACAAAUGUUAUUGGUACUUUAAUAAGUAUUUGAAUUGGAUGCA